AUGGCACAUUCUGUGACAAGUCUACCCGACUUCCUCGAAGAUUCGUAUCCGUUUGACUAUGUCAUUGUUGGAGGUGGGACAGCCGGCUUGGUGCUCGCGGCUCGCUUGACUGAAGAUCCAAGUAUUCGUGUUGGAGUGAUCGAGGCUGGUAAAUCUAGAUUGGGAGAUAUGAAUGUUGACAUGCCAACUGGAAUGUCCGCUGUUCUACACAAUCCCGAGUAUGACUGGAUGUACAAGUCUACUCCUCAGGCUGGAACGAACAACCAAAUUCACCACGUGGCUCGCGGGAAACUAGUUGGAGGAUCAAGUGGUGUCAACUUUCUGGCUUACUGCAGACCCUCCGCCGAAGACAUCGACUACUGGGGCAAACUUGGGAACAAAGGCUGGUCCUGGACUGAACUGGCUCCGUACUACCACAAAAGCGAGACACAAGACGAAAAUAGCGGAAAGCAAGCAGCCGGCAAAGCGGACUUUUACAGUCAAGACUCCGUCUUCCAUGGCCAUUCCGGACCGAUCAAAACUUCCUUUCCGCCUUGGAGAGUACCGGUUGAAGAUUCCAUUAUGGAAGCAUUUGAUGAGGUAUCCGGCGUUGCUCGUCCAAAGGAUCCCUGGAGUGGGAAUCAUGUUGGUUUCUAUGGUACACUCUCGACUAUUGACCGCAAGGAUAAUAAGGCCGUUAGAAGCUAUGCUGCUACGGGGUACCUACAACCUAAUAUUGAGCGUAAGAACCUCAAGGUCCUGACAGAUGCGACUGUGACCAAAGUGUUACUGGAUCAGGAUACUUCUACUGCAAAGGGCGUGGAAUUUCUAUACGAAAAGGCCACUUACCAGGUUCUCACGACGACAGAAGUCAUUCUUUCGGCCAGCUCAAUUCAGAGUCCCAGGCUUCUGGAACUUUCAGGCAUUGGUGAUCCAAAAGUGCUUCAAGCGGCCGGUGUAGACUGUGUUAUACAGCUUCCAGGUGUCGGCAGUAAUCUUCAAGAACACCCCAUGACCUCCGUCACUUAUGAGCUUGCGCCCGAUCAAAUUUCCCUCGACUCUCUUUUCAAAGAUCCUUCCCUCCUGCAGGAACAUCAACAGCUUUUGGGCGAGAAAGGAUCUGGUGCCUUCGCCGGCACAAUGAGCCUCACCGGAUUUCUACCGUACCCAACCAUUGUCUCCCCACAGGAGGUAGAAGAAACUGCCGCCAAGAUCACCAAAAGCACUGCUCCAAUACCAGAAGUAGAAGCCGAAAACAUCAUUUCUCAUUUACGCAGUCCAAAAUCUGCUGCAGUACAGUUUACUGGUGUUCCUGCCAACUUUGACCUUGUAGUGGGACAUGGAAAUCAGGGUAAACUCAUGCCUGGUGCACCCCCGGGUCGAAAUGCAUGCUACACAGCCCUUGUGAGCCUCGCAUAUCCAUUGUCACGAGGAAGCACUCACAUUCUUUCCUCGGACCCUUUCUUGGAUCCCGAAAUUGAUCUUGGGCUUUUAGCUCACCCCGCGGAUGCACAUGUACUCGCUGCUGGCCUAGGCUUCGUUGAUCGCGUGUUUCAGUCACCACGGAUCAAGAAGAAGAUAGCAGGACGUAUUGACCCUGGCCCGGAGGUUGAUCUUCAGGAUCGAGAGCAAGGUAUCUCCUUUGCUCGAGAUCGAACUAUGACCUUCAACCAUCUGCUCGGUACCUGUGCUAUGGGUAUUGUCGUGGAUGAGAGGCUGCGUGUCAAAGGUGUUAAUGGCUUACGAGUAGUUGAUGCCAGCGUUAUUCCCGCACAAGUUGGAGGAAAUAUUCUCGCUACUGUCUAUGCCAUUGCAGAAAAAGCAGCCGAUAUGAUCAAGGCAGAUCGUACGUAA